CCAGGGUGCGCCGUCUGUUGUCUGCAGCGACAUACAAGUGCUUUGCCCUGCACUGGUGUCUGUCUGUGCGAAGAUGCCCGUGCCCCAGCCCAAGGCCCCGGCAAAGCCGCCGGCUAGCUCCUCUACCGCUCUCGUGCCGACCGGUCCUAAGGAGGUGUUCUCGAAAAAUGCGGUUCGACGCGAUGAGAACGGGAACAAGCCCCUGACCGCGCGCGCACUUGUCCUGCGGAACGGGAAACAUGGCGCUCAGGGAACGGGAGAGAUCAUACUCAUGGGCAAGAUGAGUGGACGGGAGAAGCUGGAUCUACUCGCAGAGGACCUGAUCGCCCAGUCCAAGAAAGCAGUUGCAGCACCGUUCAGGCUCGAGGAAUGUCUGAAGAUAGCAGAUUCGGAACUAGCAGCCAACCUUGACGAAAUCAGCAACUUGCAAGACCCGGACCUCUUCCAAAACAAGGUCCUAGCAGAGGUCCGCGCUCGCGCUGAUCCAGGCAACGACAAGCACCAGGCGGAACUUCUACGGAAUCCCAACAAAAUUGCCCAAUUUGUCGCGUCCAGAAUCCACAAUGCCUACAUGAUGGCAUCGGCAUGGUGUCUCAUAGGAGACUUUCUUCGUGACUUCGCCGAUGCUGGGGUCGAAGACAAAUCAGUGAAGAUGAAGCUCCAGAAGGAUCCCGAGCUGCGCACUCGCUACCUGAUAUUGUACGAUAUCGUGAACAUCGUUGCGCAAGCGGCUCAAGACAAUAUCGGUCUGCUAGCUACAUCAGCUCCUCACUACUCGCAAUACUUCAAGAAGAUAGAUGGUGGAACCUCAGACGAACCCGGAUCAUUCAUCUUCGACUGGACUGAACUCAAAUCGGUCCACAAAUCCUUCAUUGACUCGAUCAUUGUCGAGCUUUGUCUCCCGCAAUCGCCGAUUCCGCGACAAAUCUUAUUACAGAUCCUACAUGAAGCCAUCAUUGAAUCACCGAGGGAGGCCAAGAAGUUCCCUCAGGCUGUUUGGGAUGCCAUGGGAGAUCUCUCGGUGCUUGUGAAGCUCCAAGAGCUCAUCGAGGCCCCUAUCCGCGGGCCUGAGGGAGAGCAGUGGAAAAAGGAGCCUCGUCAGAUGCCCGAGGAAUACGAGAACUGGGUGGACGCGCAGCUCUUCUCGGAGCAAGCUUUCCACUACUACGAUAACUUUAAGGAUGCGAUCAACCCGCUCACCAAGACGCGCCAGAAGGCUAACUUGGACAAACUGUGGAGCAUCGUGAACGAGAACUACGUCGCGGUGUGCGGGAAGACCGCGGACGCACUGUGGCAGGUCGACAACAUCAGGCAGAUCACUCCGCAAUGGCAUGCUGUCAAGGCACCCAAGGGCAAGAACGCGUACGACUCGGACGAGGAUGACAUGCCGAAGCACAACCUUGUCAAGAGGCCGGGCGGCAAGAAGAAGGUGCCUUUAGCUAUCACUAUGGGUGAUAACAGCGACAGCAACGGCUCCAUGCCUUCGCUCCAGACGGUUUCAGACUCGUCUGAGGAAGACGUGAGUGACUCCGACGACAGCGAUUACGACGACGAUGACUACGACGACGAGUCGGACGAGAGCGGAUACGACACUGACGAGGAGGAUAUGAUGCGGGAUAUGCUGCGAGAGGCUAUGGAUACCGCGAUGGCAACUCCGGACUUCUUCGAUAGCAAGACUGAGGCUUCUGACUUCGACGCCCUCGCGGAGGAGAGGAAGGCCAACCCAUUCCUCAAGCUCCUGGGCUCUUUGAGAGGCCGUAUGUUCUCCUCGAGCCCGGCCAUGAAGACGGCGACUCGCACGGAGCCCAGGCAACCUUUCGCUGGGCGGCCGGCUGGCGCUCCAAGACAGCCCCCUAAGAUGACGGUACCCAAAUCGACUUCAGCUCCGAGCACUGCGCCCAAAAGCACCAAGACUACUGUGGAGGAAGUGGAAGACGAAGAGGACAUCACGGCGAAGGACAAGAAGAAAAAGAAGAAGAAACCCAAGAAAAAGAAGAGAAAGCCUACUGCUGAGGAGGGGGUGGCGCCUGCGACACCGAAUAUGGAGCAACUUUCGCUGUCGACGGAGACACCAUCUACCCCAGCUGCCCCUGCUAGCCCAGCACCCUCCGCCACGAACGGGACUCCUGCUACGCCGACUUCUCCCUCAAAGGCUAAGAAGAAACCUGCCGCGCAGAAGCCUGCGUCUGCGAAGGCCCCGUCGUUCAGUAGCUCGACAACGACGCUGCCUGGGAUAUCCACUGCCUCGCUUCCUCUGGGUAGGACUGAGACAGCGCAGUCUGCUCACAAGUACCUGAAGGAAGAGGGCCUUGCGGGUGGCAAGGAGAAGAUCAAGACGCGCGCGAACCAUGCAAACCUCACGCCCAUCCCGGAAAAGAAGAAGGGCUACUGGAGCCGAUUUGGCAGGAGGGACAAGACCCAAGAGACGGAGGAGCCAUUGGAGAAAGAUAAGAAAGGCGCCAAGUUCAGCUUCUUCUCAAAACUCUCCAAGAAGACGGCGACCUACAUGCAUCAGCUACUCAACACGUCCGAAGAUGAGAAGAAAGGCCUUGCGCCCAUGAAAUGGGAACACUUCCUGAAGGUGAUGCGCGAGAUGGGUUUCACGUACGACCCCAGCACGGCAGGCUCUAGUGUGAGAUUCGAUCCUCCCGACCCUCGCGAUAUGCCGGUUACGUUCCACAAGCCGCACCCUGACCCAACCUUGCAACCAGUGAUGCUGAAGGAGUUCAGCAAGAAGCUGAAGGAGCGUUAUGGCUGGUCAGAGGAAGAUUUCUACAAGGCUGUCCAGUGAAUUUCACUUGUCAUCUCAAACGAGUUUUUCUUGCCUUGCCGUGUAUCAUAUGGCUCCGAUCUAGUAUUCACUGUAUGUGAUCUGUACCUCGUCAUUGCUCUGCGCGACGUGUAGCUGUUGUCUGUUGUCGAUUUUAUACAAGUGAACAUCUUGCAUCCCGCCUGCGAGUGGAUCUGAUCUCGAUUGAGUCUGCACUGACUCUGAGGCGCCA